GCGGUGGUGGUAGUGGUAACGCUGGGGAAGCAGGGAGGGCGGCUGGUGUGUUUUGAUCGGCACUGGCCAGUCUUCCCACACACAUUAGUGACCAUUGUUUUCAUAUUUUCCGGCAGCUUCUUCCUACAUCAAGCAGCACCAGAGGCACGCCUACUUAAGGAGUUGCCGAUUCAAAGGCCUGGCUUAGGAGUGAUCCCGAAUUGCCUGUACUAUCAAGAUAAAGAUCAAGAUCUCCCGCCGGCCAAGAAGCUGCUGCUGGGGUUUCAGUGGGGGUCUGGGGGAUAGUGGUGGUGGUGGUUGUGAUGCAGAAGAAAAGGUGUCCAUGAAGAAAGAUCCGUGCCAACGCCAAGCCUGUGACAUUCAAGAGUGUCUACAGAGAAACAGGUAUCAGGAAGCAGCGUGUGAGACCCAGAUCACUGCACUUCAGGAGUGUUGUAAGAAGUGGUAUAAGGAAUCUGGAUGUUGUGCUGGCGUGAAGAUAAAGGACUCUGCUACUAGCACUGCUGCUUUGAAGACGACAUCUUCAAAUCAAAAUCAGUAUGAGAGGUGACACUAGACUUAAUGG